AGUUAAUGUCGGCAUUCGGGACCGAGAAGAUGCCAUCCAAAUCUGGAAUGUAAAUGCCUCUUUAGUGGGCGAAGCAACCAUUUUAGAAAAGAUCUAUGAACUUCUGCCACACAUAUCUUUUAAAGCAGUAUUUUAUAAACUGCCACAGGAGCUCUUGUUGACAAUUCCAGUUUCCGAACUAAACAUCUGGGCAAUGGUGAGGGCUUCGAUCAUUUCUCUGAGUUGCUGACAACCAUGAAUCAAUGGAUGUGAUGCCUGCUGACCAAAAGGUGUUCCUCUAUGUGCUCCAGCCCUGUGGCAUUAUGCAUGCCUCCUGCCAGUGAUUCCCAGGCUUUUUAUGGCUGUAGGACACAUUAAAAGUUCAGGGGUAAGAAGUGACCUUUGGAGGUGACUAUAACUGAAGAUUGCUUUACAGAAGCCAAAAAAGGUUUUUGAGUCAUGAUGCAAGAAUCUGGAACUGAGACAAAAAGUAACGGUGCAGCCAUCCAGAAUGGGUCGAGCGGCAGCAACCACCUUCUAGAGUGCAGCAGCCUUCGGGAAGGCAGGUCCAACGGGGAGACGCCGGCUGUGGACGUGGGGACGUCGGAGCUCGCGCAUGCGCAGCAGCAGCAGGCCCUUCAAGUGGCGAGACAGCUGCUUCUUCAGCAACAGCAGCAGCAGCAGCAGCAGCAGCAGCAAGUUAGUGGAUUAAAAUCUCCCAAGAGGAAUGACAAACAACCAGCUCUCCAGGUUCCCGUGUCAGUGGCUAUGAUGACACCUCAAGUUAUCACUCCCCAGCAAAUGCAGCAGAUCCUCCAGCAACAAGUGCUGAGCCCUCAGCAGCUCCAGGUCCUCCUCCAGCAGCAGCAGGCCCUCAUGCUUCAACAGCAGCAGCUUCAAGAGUUUUAUAAAAAACAACAGGAACAGUUGCAGCUUCAACUUUUACAACAACAACAUGCUGGAAAACAGCCUAAAGAGCAGCAGCAGGUGGCUACCCAGCAGUUGGCCUUUCAGCAGCAGCUUCUCCAGAUGCAGCAGCUCCAGCAGCAGCACCUCCUGUCUCUGCAGCGCCAGGGCCUGCUGACCAUCCAGCCGGGGCAGCCUGCCCUUCCUCUCCAACCCCUCUCCCAAGGCAUGAUUCCAACAGAACUGCAGCAGCUCUGGAAAGAAGUGACAAGCGCCCAUAGUGCAGAAGAGACCACAGGCAACAAUCACAGCAGUUUGGAUCUGACCACGACAUGUGUCUCGUCCUCUGCGCCUUCCAAGUCCUCCUUAAUAAUGAACCCGCAUGCCUCUACCAAUGGACAGCUCUCAGUCCACACUCCCAAAAGGGAAAGUUUGUCCCACGAGGAGCAUCCCCAUAGCCAUCCUCUCUAUGGACAUGGUGUAUGUAAGUGGCCUGGCUGUGAAGCAGUGUGUGAAGAUUUCCAAUCAUUUCUAAAACAUCUCAACAGUGAGCAUGCGCUGGACGAUAGAAGUACAGCUCAAUGUAGAGUACAAAUGCAGGUUGUACAGCAGUUAGAGCUACAGCUUGCAAAAGACAAAGAACGCCUGCAAGCCAUGAUGACCCACCUGCAUGUGAAGUCUACAGAGCCCAAAGCCGCCCCUCAGCCUCGGGAUUCAGCUCUAACCCUAGAUGGGGACUUUCAUGUUACCGCCUUGCCAUUGAAUCUGGUAUCAAGUGUCACACUCUCCAAGUCUGCAUCAGAGGCUUCUCCACAGAGCUUACCUCAUACUCCAACCACCCCAACGGCCCCCAUCACUCCUGUCACCCAAGGCCCCUCUGUCAUCACCACCACCAGCAUGCACACGGUGGGACCCAUCCGCAGGCGGUACUCAGACAAAUACAAUGUGCCCAUUUCUUCAGCAGAUAUUGCGCAGAACCAAGAAUUUUAUAAGAAUGCAGAAGUUAGACCACCAUUUACAUAUGCAUCUUUAAUUAGGCAGGCCAUUCUUGAAUCUCCAGAAAAGCAGCUAACACUAAAUGAAAUCUAUAACUGGUUCACACGAAUGUUUGCUUACUUCCGACGCAAUGCGGCCACGUGGAAGAAUGCAGUGCGUCAUAAUCUUAGUCUUCACAAGUGUUUUGUGCGAGUAGAAAACGUUAAAGGGGCAGUAUGGACAGUGGAUGAAGUAGAGUUCCAAAAAAGAAGGCCACAAAAGAUCAGUGGUAACCCUUCCCUUAUUAAAAACAUGCAGAGCAGCCACGCCUACUGCACGCCUCUCAACGCAGCGUUACAGGCUUCGAUGGCUGAGAAUAGUAUACCUCUAUACACUACCGCUUCCAUGGGAAAUCCCACUCUGGGCAACUUGGCCAGUGCCAUCCGGGAAGAGCUGAAUGGGACAAUGGAGCAUACCAACAGCAAUGAGAGCGACAGCAGCCCGGGCAGAUCCCCUAUGCAAGCUGUGCAUCCUGUGCACGUGAAAGAAGAGCCUCUUGAUCCAGAGGAAGCUGAAGGGCCUCUCUCCUUAGUGACGACAGCCAACCACAGUCCAGAUUUUGACCACGACAGAGAUUAUGAAGACGAACCAGUAACCGAGGACAUGGAGUGAACAUCUGGAUGGGCCGACCCCACAAAUGAAGAUUGGAAAAAAACAAAAAACAAAAACCAUGUCAAAAGUUAACAGUGAAAUUAUUCUCCAUUUGUUGUACAGUCUGGAGGAGUUUCACUACAUUUUGACAACUCUGAAAUGUGUUAACUCUUAGUGCCAUCAAGAAUCCCAUUUGGGAGUAUUUUUGAUUUUUCUACUUUUUGUUGAAAAAAGGAAUUUGUACUCUGUGCAUUGGAUGGACUUGUUUGGUACUUGGGAUUUUCCUCUCUUAACAGUCAACAUCAGUGUUGUAAAUUUGCUAAACUGAUUCACUCUUAGCAGCAGACUUUGAACUGCAGUCCUGCCAACGUUGGACACUGAGGACACCCAACUGAGCAUGUGCACCUACGCUGCGGACCAAGCGUCUGCCCAGAAUUUAAGGAUUCCAAUGGACGACCUAUUUGCACAGUACUGCAUGUUGAUUAUCACUGCCUUUACUCCAUUUUUUUUUUUUUUUUGCUUCCAAUUGGGAUGGGGAAGGCCUUUGUGUGUGUAUUGGGGGGAGGGGUUAAAAUAAUUAUCCCAAACUUUUUAAUGUAUUGCUUUUUUUUUUUUUUUUGGCUUCUACUAUACCAUUUUAAGUUCUGACCUCAGGCCUCCAUUUGGGCCCAGGGCCUCUUGGAGGCUUAAUGUUUUCUGUACCUUGUGAUGAAUGUUAAUAGGUGUUUUUAUUAUACAAAGCUGAAUGUCAUUUUCUCGUUUGUAGUUUUCUGUCACUCAUUCCAUUUUCCUUGAGACAUCACUAUGUUUUCUCUAAAGUCAGAAAACAUUCCGUUUUGGUCUUAUUCAAAAAAAAAAAAAAGGUCCCAAAUGCUGCACUCUACACAUGAAGGUCCUCUCACACAGACGUGAAGUCCUGCCAGAAAGAGAAUGAAUGACAGAAAAAAAAGGCUCUGGAAACAAUGCUGAUUCAUUCCACAAAGCAGUAUUGGAGAUGGGAAGGGGGUUGUUUCAGAUUUUCCUCUUUUUUUUUUUUUUGGUUUUGCAGCUACCAUUAUUCUUAAAUGCCACCGCAUUGUGACCGGCAUAAGGAAACAUAGGCAACAGCCCCUGCCCCCACCCCCAGAAAAAAGUGCCACUGUAAUUGACUGACAAUACAGCUGUGGAAGGCUCUCCCUGGUAUGACCAAGUUGCCAUGGACCACGGGCUGUCCCGUGACACCCAGCACAGGUUGCUUUCUCUGAACAAAUGGCUGCAGAGCUGUCUUCAUGGAGCAACUUUGCUGAAAGUGGUGGUGACACCAAAUUUAAACAUCAGUUUAGGCCUAUUUGGUGGCACUAAUCUGUUUGAAUGCAAAUUAGAUUUCAGAAUGAACUUGUUACGGGAGUUAAUGAGGACUGAGCUCAGGCAAAUGCUCGAGUGUUCAUUUCAAAUGUGCAAAUUUGGUACUGCAGUUCAGUUUGUGAUGCAAUAUCAUCACACCCACCCAGUGUCGGAAACUAACAGAAGAAGACAUCAAGUAGAUGGGAUUGCAUCUGAGCCCUAGGCUUUGGGGGAAACAGACACGACAUGCAGAAUGUGAUAGUGAUGGGACAGAAUAACCUCAGUCCUUAGAAUCCCUCAACACUUCUACUCUUUCCUGUCAUUUAUUUAUCUAGAACUGUAGCUUUUGUUUUAAUUUGAGAGCCCUUUGGAGCUUAAUUUAUAUUCUUUGUACCUUUUUUUCCCCUAAAAUUACCAAAGAUAUUACACAAAGGUAAAUUAUGUUCUCUGUUUUAUGCUUUAUCUGAUGAAGCCAAAUAUCCUCUUAUUGUUGAUCAAAGGAGGCAAAAGAAUUUAGAGGCAAUUGAUGAGAGACAGGCUGUUGCUAACCCGAGAGAGAACUGCUCCUUCGUCGUAGAGUAAAUUUAGAAGACCAAGUAGGGAAUGGAACCAAAGUUGUUACUUCCUUUUUUUCCCUUCAGUUUUUAGUCAAUUUUUUUUCUGUACCUCUACAGAGACCAAAACUCAUUCUCAUCCAGAGAAAUUAUGAGGCUACUGCAGAUAAGAAUAUGACACAGUAUUAAAGGAGCAAAACAAGAAGGGAGACCCAUCUCAAAAAAAGUACAAUGAAUGUAUGCCACUGACAAUUAGGGUGUCCAAUAAAGCAGACACCUCUGAUACAAUUCAGAGAGAACAGAAAAGCUUCCACAAUUGAACCAGACCACAGAAUAGUAUUUCUAGGACGCAUUUUUUUUUUAAGUAUGCCACUUUAGUUUAGGACUACGAGAUGAUCUUUGUAUCAAUUUGGGUUUAUCUUGGCAUAUAUCCUCUGGCUUUCUGUUUGUUUUAAUUUUUCUUUUUUCCUUCCUUUUUCCACCCCCCCCUCCCCCGCGCCCCCGCCCCUGAUUAGACCUUGCUCAGCAUUUUUCUUUAGUGGGGGGGAUAAAAGUAGCACUCCCUUCCACUCAAGCUUGGUACAAAACGUCUUUGGCAGUUACUUUUGAAGCUUCACUCUGCUUUCUGUAUAAAGGGCAGUCUGUGGUCACUAGAGAUUUCUUUUUAACUUUUCCAGGCAGCUUCAUGAUGUGCAGGCAGUAGCCAGACAGGGUCAUGGGAAGGAGGCCCUGUGCUUCUAAACUGAGUGGUUGCUGGUUAGUUUGGUAUUCAAAAGAGGAUAAAAAUCUGGUAGAUUAGUUCAUUCUCAGCAUGUGUAGCUAGACAUGAGUAAAGAUAACAGCAUGAGAAACUGUUAGUACGCAUACCUCAGUUCAAACCUUUAGGGAAUGAUUAAAAUUAAAAAAAAAAUACAUUUCACUCAGUUGCACUUAGUCGUAUGUCUUGCAUGCUUAGUCUAAAGACUGUAGCAAAACGAGAAAAAGAAAAAUUAGAUUUUACAUAUCUUUGCAGGUAUCACAGCCUUGCAGAAGAACCAACUAAAAAAAAUUCUCAGGCUUUACAGCAAGCAAACUUCACUAUAAUUUUUACAGUUCUGAUUCUGUAUCCCUCGGGGUUAUUCCAGUUGCUUCUUUAGGAUGGGGUUUAUUAUGUUGUACAUAUAUCCCGAUGUGUCUGUGUGAAUCUUUGUCUUUUUUGGGGGAGGGCAGAGGGUGGUUCUUUUUUUAGAUACUGUUCCUAAAAAGGAAUAAAUGCAUACACCUGUUUGUCAAAACACCUUUGCUUUUUGUGCAACUGCUUUAUAUUAACGAUACUUAAAAAAAUUAGCUUUGGAAAAAAAACUACUGUAUGUAAUGGAAUUGCAGAAUAUGCUGCACAUGUAUUUUAUUUAGUUAUCCUUGCUUUAAGAAUAUUGGAUGACAUUUCCUGACAUGUGUGAGGGAGAAACUCCCUUUUAUUUUAUUUUAUUUUUUUGGCUUUUAAAUUGUAACAUAGUUGACAGAUUUUUUUUUUUUCUGUUCUCAUUGAUCAGAGCAUUUUGUACAGGUUUUAUGAGUGAAUGUGUGUGUGUGUGGGUGGGUGUGUGGGUGUGGGUGCAGUGUGUGUUAAAAAUGUUUUUUGAUACAUUCCUGUCCCUUGUGUUUAUCCUACCACCGCCUUCCUGGCUAUCUUAAACUAAGUUCAUACAUUUGAAAAGAGAAAAAAAAAAUGUUUGUUUUAAAAAAAUGUUUUCUCCUGCUGCAGUAAAUAUUUUGCAUGAUGAAAUUCCAGGUUCAAAUCUUCAAAGUUUAUCAGUGAAGUAGUGAUUAAUAAUGGAGAGUGUCAAGCUAUUGAACUUUUUGUAUAAAAAAAAAAACUUUACAAGGUGCCAAUAUGUAAAGAUAAUUUGUUACUUCUCCCCUCCUUUCCCCCCCCCCCCCCGCCCCUCAAUGAAAAGCUUACGUGAGGGAGAGAGUCCCUUCUAUCAGGCAAAUAUCCUUUCAGAGAGGAGGGUUUCUCCUUGUUCCUAACGCCUGACCUGGUGGGAUGACAUACACUGCCUGCUCCCCACCCGCAGUACCAUGAAAUAUCAAGACUUUUGUACAGAAGGGUGACUGCCAACCCCCUGCCGCCACCCCACGGCUUGCAAGGUAGCCCCAGAAACCUGGGGGUAGUAAAAACCACUUGGAUUCUUAACCCCAAAUAUGAUGUCAGUCACUAGCUAUUUUAUCAUGCGCAAAAAGUUAAAAAAAAAAAAAAGAUUCCUCUCCUUUCCACAUUCCAGCUGGACUCUGUUUCCAAGGGUGCAGAGAUAAAUAUACUCGUCAGGGUUCUGAAUCUUUUUGGUACCUCUUAGUUAAUGGUAUAUAGACCCUUUUGAUAUUUGGCAUGUUUUGGAGAGUUGGUUUUGCUUUUUUUUUUUUUUUAAUUUUGUUGUAAGAAGGAAACAGACUUUCACAGGCAUUUUGUGGGCCCCUUGUCCUCACAGGCUCUGCUCAACAGAAGGCCUGAGAGAGACGGUGCAGUCCAGACCGUGAGCUGCUGCUUCCUGGAGAUGUGCUGCCAGUGACAAGAAUUUUUAUUUGUUUGGUUUUGUUUUAAUAAGGCAUAAAAGAAAAUCAUUCCUUGACAUCAACUGUAAUUCCAUCAUUCCGUGUCUGUGGAUGCAGACAGAAAAAAAAGUGUGUAGUCAGUACUAAUUACUGACAUGAUAGCAUUUCUCAAAUGCAAUAAAAAUGCUGGUUUUCACACUGGUAGUAAAAGUCGCCACAGCCUAAGUUUCUUUCCCCUUCUGACCUGCUGAUAUUCCACAUUAGGUACAUGCCUUAGGUUUGUCAUCAGCUGCUUCCCACACAGAAUUAGAAUCCAUCUUAACCAAAAGCCUUCAUUGUCACAGAGGGCUGGCACUCAGCGUUUCAAAGUGAAAGUUUUCACUUAAAAAGUCACAAGACAAGUAGAGAGCUAUGAGAAAGAGGUAUCUUUUCUCUCAAGGCAAGCACUCUUAUUUUCCUUCGUCAAAUUUUGUAGAGAAAAAACAAAAUAUUUAAUAACUAGCAUUAAGAGCAAACUAAAAUUUCAGAAGAAAGCAAUUUCAUGAAUAAUUCAUUAAAAUUUCACAUCUGCAAGAUUAGUCAUCCAAAUAAAAUGCUAAUGUCAAAAACA